AUGGUGAACGCGCUCCCGCCCAUCGUCAUUGACAAUGGCCUGAGCACUACGCGUGCUGGGUUUGCCCUGGAGGAAUUGCCUUCGCUUGUAUUCAACACCAACUACGUGGUAGGCUCUGACGGAACACCUGCGUUUGGCGAUGAGGCCAUUGUCGAGAACGCCGGCGCCGAUGUGAUGACAAUCAUGGACGAUGGCGUCGUGUACAACACCGACAACGCCCGGCACAACUGGGAUCACGUGUUCCGGAACUUGGAUGGCAGCAAUGGUGCCAACGCCAGCGAGCACGCGCUCAUGGCCACCGAAAACGUAUGGACUGCGAACAAGACGCGUGCCCAGAUGGCGCAGAUUGCGUUUGAAGACUUCCAGGUACCCCUCUUUUCAUUGGUCAAGACACCGUUGGCCCAGCUCUACCAGAUGGGCCGGUCCAGUGGCUUGGUCAUUGAUGUCGGCAGCGCUGUCGCGUCCGUGACGCCGAUUUUAGACGGUAUUAUCCAGCAGAAAUCGAGCUUCCACUCCAAGUACGCUGGUGACUUCCUUAGCUUGCAUUGUUUGCGCAGCUUGGAGGCCAAGUUGAGUGCCCCGGGUACCCAGCUUGACUACACAAAGUUGAUGCCAUCGCAGUUCCAGACCAGCGCCCUCUCGGAGUCGUUCAAGCAGUACCACGUCACACAACAUCUCUUGGGCCACUUCAAGCACACUAUGCUUUCCACGGCAGAAGCGCCACCCGGAAUGCCAGCUUCGAACUCAUAUUACCCGCUGGCGCCCCACCAGCGUCCUGCGCUGUUCCAACUUCCAGAUGGCACCCACGUCUCGUACACUGACCAGGAGCUUACGAACUUGACAGAGCCGCUAUUUGUACCACAUGCGUACCCCUUGGCCGGCCUCACGCUCCCAGAGCCUGCUUUCAACAAAGCUGGGUCACACGGUGUCUCGAACUUGGCCUUGUUUUCCAUCAAGAACUUGGAAGCCGCGUUUUUGGCUUCCAUGGGUAGCGAAAGCCAAGGCGCCAACGCCAGUGCACGGUUUAACGAAAUCUUGCGCCAACUUUUCAGCAGCACUUUAAUCACGGGAGGCACUGCAUUGGUGCCAGGCUUUGCUGAUCGCGUUUGCGGCGACCUCAGUCGAACGGCGCCACAGCUUUUGCCCGGGUAUAUUGUCACAGGAUCAUACAAGCUAUACAUCAGCCCAUUGCGGAACCACAACACAGGCAGCCUCAACGACAUCUUCGACAAGAAAUUCGGGGCAUGGCUUGGCGCGGCCAACUUGGCGUCGAUGCUCCGGGAGAACACCGAGACCGAGUCCUCCAGCAUGGGUAUUGCUCUCGACAACUGGUUUGUGUCGAAGGCCGACUACGAGGAGAUGGGCGAGGACUUGAUUGCUGAGAAGUUCAAGUGA